AUGGGGUCGAAAAAGCCCGCGUACUCGACGUUCUCGCAACAGCAGAUCUCGGGGCGUCGACCGGCGCUGUCACCGGUGCACACGGCGAAGAUUUCGUUCGCGCUGGCGAUCCCAUUCAUGGCGGUCGGUGGGGCGGUGUGGCACGGGGUAAAGGAUCUGCAGACGCUCGGGUACCGAUACGAUGACGUCACCGCGUGCUCGAAUGGGUUUUUCCCGACCGCGGCGGAGGAGCAGUCGAAGAUAUCGAUUAACGGCGCGGGGACGACCUGCUCGGUGACGCUGACGGCGACGGAGAAAUUGAAAGCGCCCGUGUACGUGUACUACGAAUUGGGUAACUUUUAUCAAAAUCAUCGGGCGUAUGUGCGGGAUUUGGAUUAUUUUCAGCUCUCCGAAGGCGCGAGCGCGAGCCAGGGAUUGUGCACGACGAACAUCAAGAACGCGACGGGGGCUGACAUCGUGCCAUGCGGCGUGCAGGCGUGGAGCUACUUUAACGACACUUAUACUGUGAAACUCGAUGGCACGACUGUGGCAAUCGACGAUAACAACAUUGCGUGGAGUGCGGAUGUAAAUUACAGGUUUGGAGACUACGCGCCGGAGAAUAUGAAUACGGAGCAGGCCACACGAGGGGGCGCGCAAAUUUCGGGGAACUCGGUUCGCGGUGACGAACAUUUCGUGACGUGGAUGCGCACGGCUGCGUUUAGCAACUUCCGUAAACUCCUCGGAAAGAUCGAAGUCGAUAUCCAGGAGGGGACGACGAUAACGGUUGACAUCAAUAAUCUCUACAACACGUAUAAGUUCAACGGCGAGAAGCACAUCGUCUUCGCUACCAAUAGUUGGGUUGGGGGAUCAAACGUUGUCUUACCGGCGCUUUACUUGCUCGUGGGCGCCCUCUUUACCUGUCUCGGCGUCUUUGCGCUUGUGAUGGAGUAUUAUCUCAAGAACGCGCACAGCAUCGGGUAUGCAGGAUACGGCAUCGAAGAGUUGUAA